CGGUGAUUGGUGGGCGGCCCAUUUGCCGGCGGGAACUUGUUGCCUUCCGGACGGUUUAUCCGGCGCACCCGGGCCGCGGGAAGUCCGUGUCCCGGGAAGCGGCCUCGGAUCCAUGGAGCAAAGCAAGACACAGUGUGCAAACAGGAAAAGGCCACAUGGAGACUAUGUGGCAGACCUCUCGGAGUUCAGUCUUUCAGUUCUCAAUGAGAUUAAGGAGCUAUUUAAUAAAAAGUUCACCUUUCAGAAGCUGGACGGCAACCAGUGGACUCUGCCUGAAGCCCACGACGUCCACACGGGGCAGGUCCAGUGGUCUGAGAAGCUGAAGUCUCUGAAGGAAUCGCUCAACGAUGUGAAGAACCAGCUGAGCGACAAGGAUCUGGAGAAGUGGCAUGAGCACACCAGCUUCACCAACUGGGCAGGGAAGGUCAUCCCGCACGUGAGGAGGGCGGUGAACGCCGAGCUGUGCACCCAGGCCUGGUGCAAGUUCCACGAGAUCCUGUGCACGUUCCCCUUGCUGCCAGUGAAGGCGCUUCAGGACGGGGAGCUGAACUCAGUGCACCUGUGUGAGGCCCCUGGGGCUUUCAUCACCAGCCUGAACCACUACCUGCGGUCCAACCACAUCUUGUGUGACUGGAACUGGGUCGCCAACACCCUCAACCCCUACCACGAAGGCAACGACACCGGCAUGAUGAUCAUGGACGAUCGGCUGAUCGCAGGCACACUGUCCUGGUGGUACUUCGGCCCGGACGACACGGGUGACGUGAUGGACCGGGAGUAUCUGGAGGGGCUGACGGAGUUCACUCGGAACAUGAAGAGUAUCCACCUGGUGACGGCGGACGGGAGCGUCGACUGCCAGGAGAACCCCGGUGAGCAGGAGGCGCUGGUGGCCCCCUUGCACUACUGUGAGGCCAUCACGGCCCUAAGGCUGCUGAGCCCCGGCGGCUCGCUGGUGCUGAAGAUGUUCACCUUGUUUGAGCGCUGUUCGGCUCACCUGCUCUACCUCCUCAACUGCUGCUUCCAGGAGGUCCACGUCUUCAAACCGGGCACCAGCAAGGCGGGCAACUCCGAGGUGUACGCAGUGUGCCUGGGGUAUGGGGGCCGGGCGACACUGGGGCCCCAUCUGGAGCGGCUGGAGGGUAGCUUCGGGCCGCAGGCGGCGCGGGAGUGGGAAUCGGCUGGCCUCACCCUCCCCCCAUCCUUCCUGGGCCAGCUGGAGGACUGCUGCGCCCUCUUCCACGGGCACCAGACCGCCACCAUCCGAGAGAACCUGCGGCUCUUCGGCGGGAUGAGCCCCCAGGAGGUGGGACUGCUGGUGGAGAGGCGGGAGUGCGCAGCCAGCUACUACCUACGCCACUUUGGCCUGCGGCCCCUGCCCCGCGACGCCUGGGUGCUGAGGCGGCCAGGCCGCGGGCUGGCGGGCAGGCUCUUUACCCAGCGCAGGAAGCAGCACGCAGGCUCCUACAACGAGAGGCAGGAACUGGCCCGGCAGGGCUGGCUGCAGAGGGUGCGCCGGGGCUACCUGGGGCCCGUGGUGGACACUCACUGGGGGGAGGGUCCCCUGGCUGGCCCCCACCUCCUGGAGGGGGCAGAGGAGCCCCCCGCCUGCGGCUCCUGGUACGUCCUGGAGGGCCGCAGGCUGAGCCGGCUGGCCAGCUCCCCCUUCUGCGAGCCGGAGCUGCUGCGGAGCCUGAAUGAGGCGCUGGCCGCCGGCGGGGGCUGCCCCCCGCCCCUCUGUGCUGCUUGCAGUUUCCCCUCCCUGGAGCAGCUGCUGUGGCAGCUGAGCCACCUCCAGGCCGGCCCCCUGGACUGCCUGGUGGUGGGGAUCCCGGCUCCCUCCCCGGCUCCCCGGGGACCCCCAGGGCUGUUGUUCCGGCACUGCCACACACCGCCUCCGCCAGCCGGGCCCCUCCACGACGGGGACCCAUGCUACCAGCGCUGGCUGCUGUCCGCCGUGCUGCGGGCGGCGACGGAGAGCGCCAAGCACGGCGCUGUCCUCCUCCCCCUCCUCUCCUCCUUCACCCGCUUCACCGCCGGCCUGAUCUUCGCGCUCUGGCAUUGCUUCCGCGCCCUGUCCUUCACCUGCCCCGGCUCCCCAGGCCAGCCGGCCACCCUGCUGUGCGUCGGCUUCCGCCGCCCCCCAACCCGGCUGCUGGAGUUCCUGCAGGAGCUGAGCCACCGCCUGGAGCCUGGGCCGGAUCCGGAGCCACCGCAGCAGGUGCUGCAGUUUGUGCCCAUGGAGCUGCUGCUCGGUGGGCCACUGCCCGAGUUCCUGGGCGCCCUCAACCUCGCCGUUGCCAAGUACAGACUCCACCUGGCGAUCCAGGCGGCCACGUAGAUUGCUCGGUCCGCCGGAGCUACCUGUCCAGCGGCAUUCAGCGGAGGAGCAGCCAAUCGCGGAGGAGCCGCGCGGCAGCACGGUCCAACUGGCGGCAAAGCCCGCAGCGGUCCCACUGCCCCGGUGUUAGCUUUGCAGGGCAGGCUCGUCUGAAGCGGUCAGUAUGCGUGACGCGAGGAGUGAAUGUGGUCUAGUCAAGGUCACCUUGUGGUCGCGGAGAGCCAUCGCGAGGCUCUUAACCCGAGCUAGUGGAUGAGCAGAAGAAGAUGCCAGGGGAAAGUUUGACCUUGCAAUGGGUUUGAUACCCAAGAUCGCCUUGGGAAACGUCACGGGGCAGCUUGUGGGACCAGACUGGAGAUGGUGAUGCCCAAUGCCGAAGCUCGGUGGUGUUAAGCCUGAGGAUUGAACAGUCUGACGGGUGUUUGUGUAAAUAAUUCUUUCCACGUCUUUAACACACGGGGGACCACUUUGCACAACAUUGCGGCUCACGAGCCAGAUGUGACUUGGUGGUGGUGUUUGCAGCAGGAGCCGCUGUAAGCUUGCUGGCAGCUUUCUACCCUAAUGAGAGAUUACUCUUCUAAGUUAAUAUCCUUUUGCUGAGGUUCAAGUCAAGCAGAUAAUGGGUGAAAGGGAAGUGAUGUUGGAACAUUGCGUAGAGCCGUCACUGGGGUUAUAACCCAGCAGCUGGUUGGAUUUGCUUUGUUCCACUGGUUUGUCUUCCCAUUCCUGACUUGCGUCCCUCCACUACUUCCGUAGGUUAGGAAAUGAUUUUGUAGUAAUGAAGUCUGUGCUUUAUCAAGAGAGAGAGGAUCUUUGGGUGGGGGGGGGGUACAUCAGUAUGAAACACAACUCAUGGCAGUGGUGGGGUUACCGUCUUUUCUGCUUGGCCGUUGUGGUGAUGACCAUUAUACUGGAGGGGGGAGCAGUGCAACACAGAACCCGAGGGCCUACUGGAGGGUGUGUUUUACUUUAAGUACAUAUAACGGGCAGUGUUCUGUCCUGGUCCCGUUCCCACAAUUCCAUCAGUAGUACUGGCUGUUUUGCUUUAGGGUUUAGUGUGGGGACGGUGAGGUCUGAGGUGCACACCACAAGUCAGGAUAGUUCCUCUUCACUGUGUGUAGCAUUGCCGAAUGCCCCCCUAUGUCUGUAUAACAGUGACGUUACAUUUAAAACACUUUUAUGUUUAAAACUAAGGACUACACUUCUUCGCUCAAAUUUUUCAUUCCAUCUUAAUGUAUGGAGUAGCACCCUUCUGGUGGGAUAGUUUGUGGUCUUGUCAGACUAUGCCUGUGUUACAGUUAAGCUGCAUAAUGUUAAUGUGGUAUAAAAAGAGGGCCUAUGCAGGAUUUGGAAGCCUGGCCACUUCUCGUGCUGUGGUAGAGUUUGUGCUGAGCAGGACAGAUUGCAAAGUUGUAUAUUGUUGGUUAGCCUGAGACUCUUAUCAGGUUUAGUUACUUUGUUAUCCCAAUAAGUGUCUAUAGAUCUGUUUUACUUUAUACAAUAAAGGGCAGGCAGGGUAGUGUAGCGGUUAGCGUAACGCUAUUACAGCGCCAGCAACCUGGGUUCAAUUCCCGCCACUGUAAGGAAUUUGUAUGUUCUCCCUGUGUCUGUGUGGGUUUCCUUUGGGUGCUCCAGUUUCCUCCCACGUUCCAAAGACGUACGGGUUAGGAAGUUGUGAGCGUGCUAUGUUGGCGCCGGAAGUGUGGCGACACUUGUGGGCUGCCCCCAGAACACUCUACGCAAAAGAUUCACUUCACUGUGUUUUGAUGUACAUGUGACUAAUAAAGAUAUCUUAAUUGUAAGAAAGCUCUGCUGUAUGUCUUAUUUUUGCCCUGGUGCAUGAGAUUAUUUGUGAAGUCAUUGAAAAGUGUUAAUUUAAUUUUCAGAAGUUAGUGGUUUAAUCACAACUAUAACUCUAAACAGGGUAACAAAGUCUUGAGAGGGGACACACAUAUUUCAGGAUGUUGAGCAGUUCAAAGCUGUGUUCCUGUUAUGUAGGACAUGCAGCAGCCAGUUUUAUGAACACUCCCCUCAAAACAGCUCCAGGCUGGCUGGAGGAGCCUGUUCUGUGGCUGAGCAAUAAAUGUUGAGCAGAACACCACUCUGGAAUGGUGCGGGGGGCUCUUUGCAGCCGGGUUCUGUUUGCUUUGUCCAAAGUUGCAGCAGGGACGGACAAUAUUUUAAGGUAAGAUCUUUAUUAGUCACAUGUACAUCAAAACACACAGUGAAAUGCAUCUUUUGCGUAGUGUGUGCUGGGGGCAGCCCACAAGUGUCG